AUGUAUACAUUGUGCUCAUUUGUUGACUUUACGGCGAAACCAGUWUUUUGGAAGGAUCUUACGGCUCCAUUAAAGGAUAAAUGUGGCCAUUUGUUGACGUCAUUGUCUUACAACCCGAUGACUAACAAUUUGACACUUGGCAUUCUUGAGGCCAGGAACCUCAAGGCUAUGGACAUUAACGGAAAAUCUGAUCCAUAUGUGAAAGUGUGGCUGCAUGUUGGUGAUAAAAAGGUGGAGAAGCGCAAGAGCAUGGUUUUCAAAUCCCAAUUGCAUGUUGCUCGUCAUAUUAUAAUGGGUACGUAUGAUAUAUUUUUGUCAGCCAACAAAAACGCGACUGGACAGCUAGAGGCCCAGCACUGGAAGGACAUGUUAAGCAAACCGAAACAGAGCGUGGAAUAUUGGCACCGAUUGAAACCUGAAUAAUUUAAAUAUUAUCGAUAUUAUUGACCUUAUUGUUAUUAUUAUUAUUA